UGUUGCAGGAGUCGCUGGUGCUGGCUAGAGAGUACCCGGGAGGGAAGAAUAGCUUGUUCGCGAGGUAUAAGUACAACUCGCAAACCAGCAUUUUCACACAUCCCGCCACCCCCCUACCUCCCGAGACAUUCUUUCAAGUCAUGACCGGUCCAGGUGCAACUCAUAAACGCAGUUCCUCAGUCACUCCUUCCACCGGCGAGUCGGCGACUCAGAAUACCGAAGGCGCACCGAAGGGCGUUGAAUCGAAUGGGAUUCUUCUAGUCGUCGUUCCAACGGCUCAAGCUGCCGAUGUUGGAGUCAACGAUCUCAUCCAGAGGCUUUACAGUCUCGUUACGCAAGCAAGUACCAAGAAGGAGGAUGAGCCCAAGAUUCUUCAACGCAAUCAGAAGGCCUUCGAGCCCAAAGGGAAGACAGGUACAGGGGGAAAAUGAA